GCGCCUUUUUGCCCUGCACGGGCCUGUGACUGUACCGACAACUGAUCAUUUCACUCGUAUGAGACAGAUUCGGUGCCCAUUCCCACUGGAACAAUGCUUUGUUGACGAGCCAGCGAGCCAUCCGUCGACCCCCAUCCCAUACCAUCCCAUCGCAUCCCCAUCCCCCCAUACGCCCCCCAAACCAGACAAAUUGAACGUUAUGCUACUACUCCAGCAAUCUCCAAUACCACGGCCAUUACCACUUCGCUCGCUGUGCCUUCUGGCAUUGUCCUCGCUGCUCCUGCUACACUACCGAUCCUGACCCUCUCUGACUCCAUGUCACGGCAGAAUUCUCUUUGUUUUCCUUACCCUUGACACCUCACCACCACCACACCACCUCAACCUGGCCGUCCUCAUCACAAACAAAACCUUUCCUUCAAGCCCAUCAUGAUUCUCCUCUAUCACUUGGACGACUGAGACCAUUACCCGAACCCUCGAGGCGGUCUGUCGAGCCUCCCUUCUUCAUCACCAUGACCAUCCUCGAUUUCUUCCGCAGCAUCCUGCGCCGGCUGGCCGCCAUGAUCCUCUUCCCCUCCUCCUUCAAGACCAUGAAUGUCUCCGUCAAAUCCCCAAACACCGAGGUCACGGUGGUCGAGACCGUGGAUAGUCUCCAUUCCUUGGACUCGCUCAAGGACGAAAUCAUGCGUCUCUUCAGAUAUCCCUGUAGCAUGCGUCGAAUGCUGUCCAUGUCCUCCGCCCUGCGCAUCCAAUACAAGGCCAAACUUCAGGAGAGCGACGCUUGCAUGCUACCCUCGUAUUGCACCACAUUACCAACGGGAAAAGAGAUGGGGACUUAUAUCGCUCUCGACGUGGGCGGCUCCACGUUUCGAGUGGCAUUGAUUGAACUCCGAGGAAGAGAGAAUCGACACGGUCCCAUGGUGAUCAAGCACAUGUCCACCAGUAAGAUUGACGAGCGAAUACGGAAGCUCCCUGGAACACAGUUCUUCGACUGGAUGGCCGACAGGAUACAUGCGAUGCUGGAAGAGGGGAAGGAAGCUUGGUCGCCUGACCAGACGUUGCCCCUGGGGUUGGCGUGGAGUUUUCCAAUCGAGCAGACAAGUCACCGGGGCGGCAAGGUUCAAGGCAUGGGCAAAGGGUUUGCUUGUCAUGAAGAGACAAUCGGCAUGGAUCUGGGCGAACUCAUCGAGGCCGCCUGCGAGAGGAGGAAUCUGAAGGUCCGAGUCGACGCCAUUGUCAAUGAUUCUUCUGCCACCCUCCUUUCUCAAGCCUACCUUGAUCCCGCCACAUCCAUGGGGCUUAUUUUGGGGACGGGAACCAACGCCGCUGCGUAUCUACCAACAUCCUGCAUGGGGAAGUCCAAGUUCGGGGUUCGCGAUCAUUCAUGGUUCGACGAAGCCGACCGGGUCAUCACGAACACGGAGGUGUCAAUGUUUGGCAAGUCAAUUCUACCAGAGACACGGUGGGACGAACUUCUGAAUCAGCAGCAUGUCCGGCCGGACUUUCAACCUCUCGAGUACAUGACCACUGGUCGCUAUUUGGGAGAGCUUUUGAGAUUGAUCAUUGUUGAGGCAGUUGCAACAGGGGAGCUAUUCAACGGCGUCAUGCCCGAUGUGAUCCGCGAGUGCUAUUCUUUGGACACCGAGAUUAUGGCCAAGCUUGAGCUGGAUCAGACAAAGAGCAUGAGAAGCUCCAUCUCGAUGGUCAAGAAGGCUUUCGCGUUGAAAAAGAGUCCUACGGUGAAAGAGGUUUCGUUCCUUCGAGAAGCGGCGGAAUCGAUCUCCUAUCGCGCAUCUGCCUACAUCGCCGUCGCUGUCCAUGCUCUCUGGGCAUUGCAAAAGGACACCGACAUCAACCCUACAACCCCGAACGGAACUCCCAAAACGUCGAUUGCGUGCAACGGCAGCGUUAUCCUGAAAUAUCCCGGCUUCAAAGAUCGAUGUGAAGGUUUCAUCAGGCAAAUGAUCUCCACCGGAUCGUCAGCCGGAGGUGCUUUCGCUACGGAAAAGGUGGUCCUUGAACCGACUCAUGAAGCAGCUAUAUUUGGUGCUGCUGUUGCUGUGGCGCUAGCCGACGCGCCCUGAAGUGAUUGGAAAUGAUAGACUCACAAAAACAUAACACACGCCUCCCGCCGAGUCGAAGAGACUCCACCACUGUCCUGAUGCCUUUUAGUCAGCCUGAAUGCAUCAGAUCUGGCUGAGUAAGUUGGCCCGAAUCAGCUCGGACAAGCUUCAAAGAAGAGACUGCGCAGCCUUGCAUAAGCCUGAUGGCACCGGCGAUCGGCCGACGAGGCAUGCAUGCGGGUUUCCAAUGAUAUCGAUGCCUCGAUAGGGGACGUGACCAGGCUGCUCGUCAUCGUGCAUAUCAGCAUUGGCACCGUCGAGAUUCCGCCAGCGCUAUUUGAACGUGUGAUCUCCACGCUUGACACGUUUCUGCUCGUCUGCAGACCUGGGGAAGGGGGACUUGGGUUAGAGAGGGCGACAGAUAUGACGUCUGAAGCGAGUUACCGAACCUUCCUUGGACCGUAUAAUGUUGACUGGGUUGCAACACAUUUUAUAUGUGAUAUAGGGGUGAAAGGAUCCAAUUGGUAUGGGGAUGCAUCUCCUACAACGCUCAAGGCAUCUGGCUUUAGCUGUUAGAGCGCACUUCCGUUUGGGGUGCGAUGUCUGCCAGAGAACCUCCCGAGGUAUUUACCAUCGACAGAAGCAUUGGGUAUCAUCUCGAGCUCAGGCAUGAAGCAACCUAUUACCCACGCUCGCAUCUUCAUCGUCGAUGGCUUCUGCUGGUUGUCCCCCUCUUCUCUUUGCCUGUCCGGUUCUUUCUCGUCGCGUUAGAGUCACUGCACAAACUAGACCAGCAUGGCACACAUGAUCAAGCGGCGUGGAAAGACAUGGGCGAAGGCUGGUGGUGGUCUAGCUUCAAUGGCGCUGUCCUGACUGUCUGAUGGCUGCCAGUGACUGGAUGUGUGGAUUGCCAUGCUAUUCCGUAUUCUGCAUUCUGUCUAGCGUGCAUCUCUCCUGCAAGACGUGUAGUGUCGAGGAAGGAAACAUGUCCGAAUCGAGACGCAGUCAUUCAGCACCGUGAGAAUUUCCGCAUGCGUUGCAGACAUCAGGGCCGAAGAGUUUGCGGAACCGCAUAGCACGGUGCUGGUGUUGAUGGAGGUCGAUACGAGACGACGAUGAUGUGGUGAAGGAUGGUGCUUGCAACUACAUGGCACUCGUCAGGCGUGGGCUAAGCGAUGGUGGCAUGGAGGAGGUGAAGGAGCUUUGACCAGUGGCCGGGGCUUCGAAGCGCAGAUCCGGCUUUCAUUUGGCGCAGUUGGUUGGGUGGAAGAUCACCAGCGACCCUGCAUCGUCCUCCCUGCGUGCUUUUCUCUCUCUCUCUCUC